CAGACAUCGUGGAGUGUGGGUGUCUGUGAAUCUGAAGGAUAUGCUAGUAAUGAUCUUUGUACUCGCGAAGCUAUCCUAACAAAUAGCGCAGCUUAUUUAAGUAGUCUUAUUUAUAGUCAUGUUUUGUUAGGACAUAUUUCUGAUCUUCCAAUUUUGAACCAGAACAUAAACAGUAGCUACCAUGUCUGAGUAUGAGAAUGUGCUUGAACAGAUUCGUCCUUUUGGGCCAUACCAAAUUAGAACAUUUGUGUUGGUAUCACUGUUUGAGACGCCUCUGGCCUGGGCCAUGCUGGCACCAAUAUUUACUGCUUCAAAUCCAGGGGUUUUCUGUGACACAUCACAAGAGUUAAAUACGACUUUCUGGGGAUUAAACAAAAAUCAAUCUAAACAAUUAGGCUGUGGAAAAAAUGUUUAUUGUCAGACUGUACCUAAUAUUUCUUUUCUUCCUGAUUAUACUUCUAUUGUCUCAGAGUGGGGUCUUGUAUGUGAUAAGGAGUACAUCAGUGAUCUCAUAACUUCAUUACAAAUGACUGGUGUGUUAUUUGGAGCUCUCAUUACUGGACAGCUGGCUGAUAUUUUUGGUAGAAAAAAAAUUUUGUUUAUUGAAUAUGGCCUGCUUAUUGUAUUAUGGUUUUGUACCGGAUUUGCUCCAAGAUGGGAAAUCUAUGCAACAUUAAGAUUUCUUGUUGGUGGACUUAUAGGAGGGUGCCUUGUUGUUAAUUUUGUGUUGCCAUUAGAAUUUGUUACACCAGCCUGGAGAACUUUUUGUGGUUGUAUUGGUUUUUGGGCUGUGGGACUUAUGACCCUGGCACCCUGGGCUUAUUUAUUGAGGGACUGGAGGACUUUAGACAUUGCUAUGUCGUGCAGUAGUGUCAUUUUGCUUCUACUGUGGUGGUUUAUUGAUGAAAGUCCCAGAUGGUUAUUGAGUAGAGGCUAUUUGAAAGAAGCCGAAGAAAUCAUUGUCAAAGCUGCAAACUUUAACAAAAGGCCUGUACCUGAUUUAAGUUGCUUGCAAAAUUUUGUAAAGAGAGAGCAAAUCAGAAAAAAUGAGGAGAGAACUUAUUCUUACUGGCACCUAUGUAGCUCAUUUCAUUUAACAAAAGGGAGUCUCAUUUGCAUGUUUGGAUGGUUUGUAUCAAGCUCAGUAUACUAUGGACACAAUUUCAACAGUAAAAACUUAGUUGGGAACCGCUAUUUAAAUGUAUUUAUUUCUGGAUUGGUGGAGAUCCCAGCUUUGAUAUUUGUAUUAGUUAGCAACAACUAUUUUGGACGACGUAAAACAGUGUUUUAUCUAAUGUUUAUUUCUGGAUUGGCAUGCUUUUCCAUCCUGCUCAUUGAUGCAUUUGUGUCAUCAGAGGAUGACUUAGAAAAGAGGAAAGCACUGACCAUAACCAUGGCUAUGAUUGGAAAGUCUUGCAUAUCUGGAGGUUGGGCAGCUGUUCAGAUUUUUUCUGCUGAAACUUUUCCCACUGUUAUUAGAAAUAUUGGCAUUGGUGCGUGUUCGAUGGCAGCAAGAAUUGGAGGCAUAGUGGCACCACAGUUCGGGUUUUUGGGCCAGUCCUCAAUGCAAAUUCCAUUCACCAUAUUUGGUAUCCUGUCUGUAGCUUGUAGCUUUCUGAUGCUGCUACUGAAGGAAACAAUGGGAGCGCCGUUACCUGACAGGCUACACAGACAGUCAGAGAUAGCAUCCAGCUCUGUGCAAGUUGAGUUGCUGGUAAAAGAUAACAUGGAGAGUAAUCUCUCUGGGAAUGGAGACAUGUCAAACUAUAAGGAUAGUCAGACUCAAAGGGACAUAACCCCAGCAGAAGCUGAGAGCCAUCAAAACAGCUUGGAGAAUGGUGGUGUUAACCCUUUGUUGUAAAGAUCUUACUUUUUCAACUUGUUUUUACAAGAAUUCUAAACUUGAGUAUUUAUUAAACUUUUAAACUAAUUUACAUUUAAAAAAGCUUCUUUUUUAGAAUUUAUAGAUAAAUCAGAUCUAAUUUAUUUUCAAAUUUUAAUCUUUAAAAAAAUAGAAGCAAAAUUAUAAUCUCACAAUAAAAAGAAUUAUUUGAGUACAAUAUACAUACUUUUAAUUUAUGUCUACAUUAGAUAUAUACAAAUUAUAUACCAAAGACAUGACAUAGUAAUUCAUUGACAAGUUGAUAUUUAUUUUAAAAUGAUAAAAUAACAGAUGACGUAUUUCCUUUUUCAAAUUUUAAUCUCAGGAAUUUUUCAUCUGGUAUCAUGUUGCCACUAGCAUUGUAUCUUGUGUUAUGUCAUUUAAUGCUUUUACAUCAAUAUAAUCAAAUACAUUGAACAUUUUGAAAGCAUUACAAUCAGAUUUUGGAAAUGUUUGAGCCAACAAACUUUUUUUAUCAUGUCCUUAUUUUGAAAAUAUUUGUAUAAAUACCUAAAUAAAUUUUGAAAUUAUUGUUAAAACUAAAGAAAUAUGUAAACAAGAAAAAUAUUCUAUAUAUUCAUGUGUAUUCAGUUGGUCGGUUUCUUGAUUAACAUACAAGCUGCAUAUCAAAGUUUAAAACUGUUAAGUCAUUAAAUUGGAUUUUCAAUUGAUUGUGGACAUUUUACAUUGUAAAAGAAUUAUUUUUAUAAAAGUUAUUUUUAUAUAUUUAUGUAUAGAAUUUUCAUUUCUAACUCAACUUAUACAUUUAUUGGCAUUAAUGUUUAAAAAAUUUUACAAUUACUGUUAUGAACCCAUAAAAAACAAAAUGUUGCUGUUAUUUAAAAACUAAUGCAAACUUUUUAUUUUUUUAUUUAUUCUUCUUAUAUUUUAAAGAAAUGUUUUUCAUCAUGAUCUAUAAACAAUUUGUUUCAACAUUUAGUAAAGUGGUUUGUGGAAUUGUGAAAUUUAAAUUAUUAUUUUUGCCUGAUUUUCUUCCCAGAUAAUGAAUAAAUAAAGAGUAAAUGUGUCUCAAUAAAUUUUAAGUAUAUUUUUUAAACAUUGUCACAUGACAGAUUUUAUUACUGUGUAACACAGACACUUUUAAAUCUUUUAUUCCUGUAAUUUUUCUUUGCUUGUGAGAAUUUUAUAAUUCUUGUUUUACUCUUUUCCUUUUUACUCCACUAUGUUUUAACAUCAUCUUUUGCUUAGAUAGAGAACAGUAACAUGACAAAUUAUAGUGACAAAAAUGAAUUGUAUCUAUCCUUUUUUUAAAGAUUCAUGUUUAAUUUCUACAAAAUUGAAUUUGUAAGAAAUGAAAAGACCGAAAGGUCAAUUAUAAUACUCUAAGUAUAUUUCAAAGGUCAAUUAUAAAGUUUCAAAGGCCAGUCCAUUGUUAAGGUUUUUUGAGAUAAGGCGCCCAUGAUCUGAUUACAUUCCUUAAAUUUAUUUCCAGGAUAUUUUUUUUACUGUUUGAUUGGUAUUUUGUAAACAUCUAUAUUAACUGUAUGAAAUAAUUGUGAAAGUUACUUUUUGGUGCUUUUUUGGGUCAAGGUUGAUGGAAAUAUUUGAUUGGUCUUUAUUUAAUGUUUAUUAUUUCAUCCAAGCAUUUUUUUACUUGUGUAAAAUCCCAGUUACACAUUGUUAUUGAAUAUGAAAAAAAAUGAUUCACUUAAUCAAUAACCUCAUAGUAUCUGAAGGUUUCAAGUUUUAAACUUCUUUAUAUAACAAUACAAUAUAAAUUUUACCAGAUGUCAGCAACAAAGUAGUAAAUUAUAAUUUUACCUGAUUCAACUAACAACAUUAAUAUAUUAUAAUUUUAAGUGAAUCAAUACACAUGUCAAAAUAUUAAUUUAUGUGAACUAAUUAACUCACCUAUACAUAAUGAUUUUACCUGAUAAACAAAGUACAUCACAUACUGCAUGUUUUGUCUAGCUAAAGUUUUAUCCCUAGCCAACUGUGUGCUGUUUGUAGUUUUAGAUUUCAGAUUUGAUCACUGCAUGAACUUCAAUUUUAAACAGGAAGAUUUGUUUCUUUUAGCAUGUGCUUCAUCAACCUGUCUAAACUUAUUUUUGAUUAAUAUGAUGAUUAAAAAUCUACAUUUAUCUUCCACAGUUUUAUUUAUUUUAACAAUAAGUUAUAAUUUUAAAUCAAAAGUUGCUUGUAAAUCGUAAGAUUUCUUCAGGCCUGCUGCCAAAGUUGUUGAAAUCAACAGUUUUUAUAUGACCUAGUUCAGAGCUUUGACUUUCUGUUUUACCUAUGUUAUACACUGCAUCAUCUAACAAUUUUUCAGGACAUGAUUGGUUUACAAUAAAAAAAUCUUUUUGUUA